UUCGGUGACCUCACUUCCUUAGUAACCGGAAUGUUGCUUAGCAACGCAGCGACUUUUGGCAUCUCCCUUCUUUCAAAAACGAACCGAACGAAGGGGAGGCCGGUUCGGAGUCGUGUAACAAACCGGAAAAGAAGUUUCCGGAUCGCUCAGCGUGGAACAGAGAUUAAAACAGCUGAGCCAGUCAGUGGUUUCCAGUCCCCGCGCCACGUGCCCGACUGCUGCACCUGCGACACCCCGGGCAGGUGCAGCGAGAUCCCAUCCGGCUCCUGCCUACCAGUAGAAGGGCACUCCUAGUCAUGAGUUCCAUAAAGGAGCAGGCAGCCAUCAGCAGAUUAAUAAGCUUCCUGCAAGAGUGGGACAGUGCCAACAAAUUUACCCGACGUCGUAUUUUAGACAAUUUCAUCCUGACAAGCCAUGACAAGACUGGACCAGAACUGGAGGUAGAAUUCUCUCAAGGAGCCAGUUUGUUCCUGGCCCGCAUAACUGCCUGGCUGAGGCUGACUUACAUGUAUGGAACCUGUUUAGUGCAACAGUUGAAGUCCAUUGGCAUCUUCCUAUCAGCUGCAAGUGGCCAGCGAUACCUCAUCGAAUUCUUAGAGGUUGGUGGCAUCCUUACACUGCUGGAAAUACUUGGGCUCAAGCAACUGAAGGAGGAGGCCAAAAGGGAAUCCAUAAUGCUUCUUCAGAUAGUAGCAAGUUCUGGCCGGAGCUUCAAAGAGCUUAUUUGUGAAAGCUAUGGUGUGCGGUCAAUUGCAGAGUUUAUGGCCACUUCUAAAUCAGAAGAAACUCAAGAACAAGUGCAGAUUCUUCUGGAUAACUUAGGCCAUGGCAACCCGAAGUAUCAGAAUCAGGUGUACAAAGGCCUAAUUGCUCUUCUAAAGUGCACUUCUCCCAAAGCCCAGCAACUGUCUUUACAAACACUCAGGAUAAUACAGACAAUUGUGGUAAAAGCCCAUCCAAGCAUUGUGGAAUCUGUGCUGGGUGUGCUUCGAUCUGUUCAUCUGGAGGUACAAUAUGAAGCAAUUCAGCUGAUCAGAGACCUUAUGGCCUAUGAUCUUCAACCAGAACUGCUGAAAGGACUGGUUUCAUUGUUAAAGCCAUCAAGGCCGGAAACUGCCAAGAUACAGGCAAGAAUCCUAGAAGAAUCAGGAGCGUUGCAUCUCAUCGAGUCCUUGCCAGUGUAUAUUCAGCAAGCUGCUGCAGCCAAAACCAUUGGCAUUUUAGCCCAAGACUCCAUCAGAGUGGCUGAAGAUCUGAUCUACUUGAAUGUGGUACAUGGCCUCAUGUUCGCCAUGGGCAACAAGGAUCACACCAACUGCCAGAGACAAGCCAGCAUCACACUAGAGUAUUUUGUCAAGACGUUCCUACUGGUGGAAAGCAAAGUCCAUCAGGCCAUGGGAGAUAAAUUGUUUCAGCUGUUCAUGAAAGAUGCAGCAAACUUGUACCUGAACCUGAAUGCUGUGCAGGCAGAUAUCCUGGUCACCAAUAUUGUUAACAUGCCAGCAGAACUAAUUUCUAUUGCAAACAUGAAGUUCCCGCAAGAGGAACAAUCUGAAACUGAAACGGAAUUGCAGACUGAAGAUAGAAAUGAGUCUCCUUAACUUCCUCAAAUAUUGAGCUCUCUUGUCUAUGUUAUUCUUCCAGUUUUUCAUAUGACCCUUCUAGUGUAUGCCCAUUUGUCAGGCCCUUCUUCCCACUCAGGGAAUAGAUCAAGGUGUACAACUGCAAUGCAGACUAUACUUGACGAACUUCUUUCAUGUUGAAUAACUCAAAUACUCAGAAGAGUUCUUGUUUUGGUUACUAAUUAAAAUAUAUUAACUGGAUAAAGCUUUCUGGCAUCAUACCUUUAAAAGGAGCAUCAUCCAGUGAGGCUUUCAGAACAAUGGAAGAUUUCCUGCAACAAAGACAUUUUAUUCCAGGUACUUUGGAAUAUAAUAAACAAGUUUCUUAUUGCAUCCCCAAAA